UUUGGCCACGCUGACAUGCGCACCAAAGACCAGAGAGAGGGAGAACGAAAACGAGCUGGAGUAUAGUUCUUUUGCAGAGGUGCUGUAAUCGUCAGGAAUGAGCUGUAGCUAGUUCCGGCAGUUGUGGGUCUCUCGGUGUGUGCUGAGCCCUGAGUGUCCCGUGGUGCAUCAUGGCGUUCAUCAGGAAAAAGGAGCGAUGCAAAGAGAGGUUUUCAUUGCUCUUACUAGACCUGGAGGAAUAUUAUUUUGAACAGCACACUGCAUAUCAGCUGGCUGCACUCCCAAACAGUCACAGAAAUAUUCGAGGCUCACUAAAGAUCUGUUCCAAGUCGGUCAUUUUCGAGCCAGAUGAGACGAUUGAGCCUAUUUUAAAGAUCCCACUGAAAGACUGCAGGCGGAUAGAAACGGUGGAGGAGAACGAGCCCCCCCCUUUUAAAGAAACCAAGCCAGCAUCUGUACUUAUGGAAACCAAGCAGGUUUUUCUUAUUAAAGAGGGGAACGUCGUUGCUCCAUACAAAUAUGAAAGGGGAGUAAGAAGUGUCAUGUUCCAGCUGGAGAGUCCCACAAAAACAGAAGAUGUUGUCCAGACAUUGCUGCAGUUACAUAGAGCAUCGUGUCUGGACAAGCUGGGAGACCAGACAGCAAUGAUCGCUGCUAACUUGCAAUCCAGGUUGGCGAGAACAUCUUUUGAUAAGAACAGCUUUCAGAGUGUGUCUGAGCAGCCACAUAUGGAGUGUAAGGCUGAGAUGGUGACCCCUCUGGUGACGAACCCUGGCCACGUCUGCAUCACAGACCACAACCUGUACUUCCAGCCCCUUAAUGGUUACCCUGAUUCAGUGGUGCACAUUGGACUCCACAGCGUCCUACGCAUCUACAAAAGAAGACAUGGCUUGAGACCACUGGGGCUGGAAGUGUUUUGUACAGAGAAUGAUUUGUGUUCAGAUAUCUACCUGAAGUUCUACAAUACUGAAGACAGAGAUGACCUCUACUACUACAUUGGCACUUUCCUAGAGAACCACAUAGUGGAGCACACAGCAGAGAGUUACAUGCUGCAGUGGCAGAGAGGACACAUCUCCAACUACCAGUAUCUGCUGCACCUUAACAACCUGGCAGACCGCAGCGUUAACGACCUCUCACAGUAUCCGGUGUUUCCUUGGGUCCUCAGCAACUACACGAGCCCACAACUGGAUCUGUUGAACCCUGCCUCUUUUCGGGACCUCACUAAACCCAUUGGAGCAUUAAACAAAGAGAGACUCGAAAGGCUACUGGAGCGUUACAAGGACAUGCCAGAACCUCGUUUCAUGUAUGGUAGUCAUUACUCCUCUCCUGGAUACGUCCUCUUCUACCUUGUGAGAGUGGCUCCAGAGCACAUGCUGUGUUUGCAGAACGGCCGUUAUGACCAUGCAGACCGAAUGUUCAACAGUAUUGGAGAUACCUGGAAGAACUGCUUAGAGGGAGGCACUGACUUUAAAGAGUUGAUUCCUGAGUUCUAUGGAACAGACAGCAGUUUCCUGAAGAACAUGCUGGGUUUAAAUCUGGGUCGGAGGCAGGGUGGUGGGCAAGUAGGAGAUGUGGAGCUUCCUCCCUGGGCCAAAGAUGUGGAAGACUUUCUGCAGAAGAUGCGCUCUGCAUUGGAGAGUCAGUAUGUGUCAGAGAACUUGCACGAGUGGAUCAAUUUGAUCUUUGGUUACAAACAGAGAGGGAGUGAAGCUGUUGCAGCCCAUAAUGUUUUUCAUCCAUUAACAUAUGAGGGUGGCAUCGACUGUGACAGCAUUGAGGACCCAGAUCAGAAGAUAGCGAUGCUAACGCAGAUUCUGGAGUUUGGUCAGACUCCCCGACAGCUUUUCACCAAACCUCAUCCUCAACGCAUCACACCCCGAUUCCACAACGUCUCAGCAGGGACGAGCCUCAGCACAUCGCCCAAUGACCUCUCGCCAGGUUCUCCCAGUAUGGAAUCGUUUGAGGAUCUGACCGAGGAAAGUAAGACACUUGCCUGGAGCAACAUGAACAAACUCGCACUGCAGUCCAGUCACAAGAUCCACAAAGAGCCAGUGACAGGAAUUGCAGUGACCCUAGGUGGUGUGUCCGUUUUCACAACAUCUCAAGACUCCACCUUAAAGAUGUUUUCUAAAGAAAGCAACGCACUACAGAGGAGUGUGUCCUUUUCCAACAUGGCAUUGUCCUCUUGUGUGAUAUUGCCUGAGGAUAAAACUGUGGUUUGUUCUUCAUGGGAUAAUAAUGUGUACUUUUAUUCAAUAGCAUACGGCAGGAGACAGGAUACACUAAUGGGUCAUGAUGAUGCUGUGAGUCAGGUUUGCUGGAGAGAAGACCAGCUUUACACGGCAUCAUGGGACUCCACUGUAAAGGUGUGGAAGUGUGUAGCUGCAGAUAUUUCCAAUAACAAGAGGUCACGGUUUUUGCUGUUGGCUGAGUUGGAGCACGAGGCUGGGGUUAACACCAUAGCUCUAAGCCCUGCUGGAACACUCUUGGCAUCAGGCACAAAAGAGGGCACCCUCAGUGUUUGGGAUCUCGCCAGCUUUUCCCUCCUGCAUCAACUCACCUGUCAUUCUGGAAAGAUCCACCAAGUGGCCUUUAGUCCUGACAGUCGAAACAUCCUGAGUGUGGCUGAGGAUUUGUAUUUGAAGGUUACAGACGUACAGACGGGUACAGUACUCUCUACAGUUUUUGCAGAGGAAGAACAGAGGUGUUUUUGUUGGGACGGCAGCAUUGUGUUAUCUGGAGGUCAGUCAGGGAACCUGCUCAUCUGGGAUCUUCUUACUAGCAAGAUCACACACAGGAUCCCUGCUCACUCUGGUCCCGUCUCUUGCAUUUGGAUGAAUGAGCAGUGCUGCACUGUCAUUACAGGAGGAGAAGAUAAACAGAUCAUGUUCUGGAAACCCCAGUAUUAGGACAUGCGCACACAAACACACACACACAGAGACACAGACACUUAUAUUCCCACAACUAAAUGUGCUGGACACAAGUAUUCAGUUUGAAGCCUGAGGUACAUUUAUCCCCCACCUGCUCUAUAGACCUGUGAGCAUAAAUAUGAUCCUACGAGUCGAUACUACAACUCUGAUCCGAAUGCCGUUACACAAACUGAAUCAGGAAUCAAGUUCCAUUUUACUGAUGCUCUUAUUACAGUGUAAGUUUGUUUUGAUAUUUAAAGUUUACCAUGCUGUUGAUUGCCUUUUUAUUGUUUUAUAUUAUUGUUUUAUCACUUUCAUUUUUAUUAGGAAGGAAUACGAUGGCACGUUCAUAAACAAGUGCAUUGUGGAAUUGCUGUAUAUCUUUGAUCCGUACACCUCAUUUGCACGAAGAAAUGUAAACAUUAACUGUCCAUAAACCGUUUAAUGAAGAACGUUCAUUUGCCCGUCACGUUAUAAAGUAGACCUAUCCUCAAAAUUCCAGUCUCACUAUUUGUCUCGAUGGCUCAAAAGCAUUCUGAAUGUCAACAACUGCAUGUUUUUUCUUUGUUUAUUUUAGUUUAAGUAAAAUUAUCAAUUGACUUGGGUUAUAUUUAUGCUCACAAUAAAUACACAUUGCUGUGUACAGUAUUUAUCUUGAAGCAGCUGGCUUUUUUUUGUGAUGAACAUGCACAGAAUUUAAAUACCUAAUAUAAUCAGAAUAUAAAUAUUUCUAUAUUUAAAUAUUAAAUAUAAGAAAAUCUAGGCAAAAUUUAUAGUAAUUUGUGAAUGAUAUAAUUAAUCUGUUAAAGUAGUGUCAUAAAGAAAAAAUAUAUACAUUCAAAACACUUUACAUAUCUAACAUGUAGAGCAUGUAUCAGUGCGUGUACUUCCAAGUAGCUACGCGUGCUAACAUCGACCAGUGUUCAUGUUGUGCACUUUACUUUUUGUGUUUGUGUUACUGCUCUUAUUAAUAUAAAACAUUACUGUAGUGAAAGCCAUAAAAACUGGCCUUGGAGCUGCUGCAAAUUAAAAUCAGGUUUACAAGUAUUCCAAUCCAUAAUUAUAAUAUGUCAUUAUAAUAGUCCAGGCAUGUGCAACAUUAUGACCUUGAUUUUAUGUUCCUCUUAAUGCAGUUUAUUAGAUCAGAUGAAGUACAUUUCCCCUACUGCAGUAAAAGAUGGGGUUUGUUUUGUACUUUACACAUUUUUGGGUUUCCGUAUUGAAUUUUGUAGACUUAUUGUUCAGUUUUUUUUGACCUGUACACCCAGAUGCAAGCAGAAAACUAUGCCUUUAUAUACUCGUAUUUAUUAUGUACAAAUCUAUUUAGAGUAAUACACCAUGUUCAGUAGUUAUACAACCAUGAACACGCCUUUUGUGUAUAUAUAUGUACACACAUAAAUAUACAUGCACAUGCUGAUCUUCAUUUUAUAUUUAUAUCUUAGUAAGAUCUUAGCUAUGAUAUUUUUGAUGGCUAGAAAUGUAAAUUUAAAAAAAAAGCAACAGCUUACAAGCAAUGCUUGUAAAAAUUAAACUCGUCAUUGUGCAAUAAUUCAAAGAAGCAAGAUGUUAAAGCGCAUCUAUUACGGUUUUGAAACGUGCCUAAAUCAUACAAUAGAUUUACAUGCAUACAAGGUCAAAAAAUAAUUUAAAUUGCAGCAUUUCCUAUUUUCCCCCAGUGUCACAAAUGACUCGUUAAAUGAUUCGUUCUUAAGGAUUCAUUCUAAACUCCUCCUUUCAGAGAGCAUACUCUGCUCUGAUUGGUCAGAUUUCCCAGCGUACAGCCGAUGAAGACCAGAGGCGGGGCUUUUGUUACAAACCUACGUAGGUUAGUACAGGAAGUAAGUCUGGAAUCACUAACAAGUCAUUCCAGCUGUUCAGAAUCGGUUCCUUCUUUUGGGAAUCAAUAACUCAGUUUGUUCGUGCGCUUUGAUUUUUGAAACUUUGCAGUUGUUACAUUCACGAACAGCUCUAUAACACAAUACAUGAAAGGUAAUAUUUGAGAAACCAUAAUAGGUGCACUGUAAUAUAAAAUGUCAACUGUAUGAACUGUACAAAUAUAAAUAUGCAUCUUAAGCCCCA